CGCCGAUCCCGGUCCUCGGCCGCUCGACCCCGCUGGCCAGCCUUUGGCCCCCCACAUCAAUCAUUAACGGGUCGGCUCCGGCUGCGGCGGCCCGAGGAGGGGGGAUGGUACGGAACUCGAGACUGGGGACAACUCUUUCCUCCGAGGCGGCCGCGAAACCCUAGCCGGGGAGGCCCCCGCCCUUCUUCGGAGCGGGUGCUCGGAGGCGCAGGUCUUGUCCUGAACCUGCAGCGACGUCCCGGGCGUGGGCACAAAGGCUCCGACGGCGGCCGGCCGGAGCUGCGGAGCGCGCGGGAGCCGGCACCAGAGGUCGCCUGCGCGCGCCCUAGCCAAGCCCCGGGCACCAUGCCGCGGCGCCUGCAGCCCCGGGGCGCGGGCACAAAGGGCCCGCCCGCUGAGGCGGCGGCGGCCUCGGGGGCCGGCCGGCACCCCCACCCCGCCGCCUCUGGGGACCCGCCCGCGUCGGCCAAGCCGCUGCUGCGCUGGGACGAGGUGCCCGACGACUUCGUGGAGUGCUUCAUCCUGUCGGGCUACCGGCGUCUGCCGUGCACGGCGCAGGAGUGCCUGGCCUCGGUGCUGAAGCCGACCAACGAGACGCUCAACUUCUGGACGCACUUCAUCCCGCUGCUGCUGUUCCUGAGCAAGUUCUGCCGCCUCUUCUUCCUGAGCGGCCGCGACUUGCCCUUCCACCACCCGGGGCUGCUGCCGCUGUGGUGCUACGCGUCGGGCGUGCUGCUGACCUUCGCCAUGAGCUGCACGGCGCACGUGUUCAGCUGUCUGUCGCUGCGCCUGCGCGCCGUCUUCUUCUACCUGGACUACGCGUCCAUCAGCUACUACGGCUUCGGCAGCACGGUGGCCUACUACUACUACCUGCUGCCGGGCCUGAGCUUGCUGGACGCCAGGGUGAUGACCCCGUACGUGCAGCAGCGCCUGGGCUGGCACGUGGACUGCACGGGCCUCAUCGCUGCCUACCGCGCGCUGGUGCUGCCCGUGGCCUUCGUGCUGGCCGUGGCCUGCACCGUGGCCUGCUGCAAGAGCCGCACCGACUGGUGCGCCUACCCGUUCGCCCUGCGCACGUUCGUCUUCAUCAUGCCGCUCAGCAUGGCCUGCCCCAUUAUGCUGGAAAGCUUGCUCUUCGAUCUGCGUGGGGAGAACCCGACGCUCUUCGUGCACUUCUACCGCCGCUACUUCUGGCUCGUGGUGGCCGCCUUCUUCAACGUGAGCAAGAUCCCCGAGCGCAUCCAGCCAGGCCUGUUCGACAUCAUCGGCCACAGCCACCAGCUGUUCCACAUCUUCACCUUCCUCAGCAUCUAUGACCAGGUGUACUACGUGGAGGAGGGCCUGCGCCAGUUCCUGCAGGAGCCGCCCGCCGCGCCCACCUUCUCGGGCACCGUGGGCUACAUGCUGCUGCUGGUGGUCUGCCUGGGGCUGGUCAUCAGGCGGUUCCUAAAAAACUCGGAGUUCUGCAGUAAAAAGUGAGCCUUGGCCUCGCCCGAGGCUGUUGGUUUGCUCACCUGUUUGUUGGCAGUUUCUGUUGUUGGUUUGUUUUCAGGUUUUGUUGUGUUUCCUUCUUUGCUGGAGUAGGGUGCUGAGACCCCGGAGGGAAAAGUCCCCUGCUUUACAAGGGGCUCCGGGCCCACUUGGGACUUUGGAAGAAUGACAAAAGGGGGUCGGGCUGGAGGGGGUGAGGGGUGAGGCUCUGGUUCUUGUCCCUGUGGGAAAAAUUCAGGUCGCGACUGUGGCACGCAGGGAUUUUGAGGAGGAAGCUGACAAAAUCCCAAGUGAAACCCCCAAACAGCUCGCUUUUCCAAUCGUCUCCGGUGUCAGGGCUAAUAACGAGGAGCCUUCUGAGGUCAGGAAUGCAGUAAAGAGGAUCAAUAGGUAAAUUCCCCGGGUACUUCCAUUCCAGCUUAUUUUUGUCCGAAGAAUGGAGCUUUGUAGGAAACUGGCCCGAAGACACAAACCCAGGGCUUCCCUUGCUAGAAAAUGCAUGGAAUGUGAACACACGUUAUUUUGAAAUAUGUCUCAGAUGUUAUUUAAAUAGUAAUAUAUACAAUGAUUUUUUUCAUAAUUUAUCCAAGUCUGUGAUAUGCACUGAAUUUUCUUUGUCAUAGUUUUGGAUUUCGCAGCCUCCUGCGUUCCGUACACUUGAACUGGACAUCAGCGCAAGCUGCUUCAGAUUCCUCAGUUACUUUUUUCAACAGUGUUUUCUGAAGGCCUGUGAGUGUCAUGACACAACUGUGAAUUAUUCUACCUUAGGGACUCUGGGGAAGCUCUUGGUAAGGAGCUCGAGUGGUUUGUACGAAUCCCAGAUUCCUGUUUAUUUUCAUGUGUUCCACAAAACCCAUCCUGAUUUUCUUGUUUGUUUUAAUUUCAUUUUUUUUCGCUUUGCUACUUAUUUAAUUUGCCACUGGAAUAAAUGUGCCUUUUGAAGCAAUGCCCAAA